AUGGCUACAGAUAAUGAUAUUUUGGAUAUUAUAAAGGCAAUUAAACGUGAUGAAAAUGAUACCUCAGUUGAAUUUCCUUUUGAGCGAAUUUCACGUUUGCUUCUUGAUGAAAAAGGUCUUCCAGAUGCCCUGGUUGAAUGUAUUGUAAGUGCUGCCUUCGAUCCAUCACUUAUAAGGCUGAAAGGUUUUGAGUUGUUAUUUCCUGGUCUUUGGAAAUGUGCGUUUCUAAGAGCAUCAGAGGUAAACUGGAGAUCAUCGCAAGUGUUUCCUGUGUUGAAUCAAAUUGUACGGUUCAACUCUUUUGUAGACUUCGCUGACCAGUUUGCAUCUAUCCUAGUCACUUCAGUUGAAAAAGCCUCUAAAUUAUAUAUGUUCGACGCGGAUUGUAUUUCGUUUUUAGAUGCACUUUUACAGUUUGGCAUGAAACACAAUGUUGACUUGAAUGAUGCCCUUUUAAAAAGCGUCAUUAUUUGUGGUAAUGAAUUCGAUUCGUCAUGUAAGGAUGACUCACUGUGGAAUCGGUUGAUUUUAAUAAUAAAGUUGAUAAACUUAAUGAAAUCAGUCGACGUUACUAACAAUUUGUUGGAAUCGCUGAAACAACCGAUUUCAUUUUGCUUGGACUGCUUGAAGACUAAAAGAUUUUCCAGCAUGAGUAAACAGUUCUGUCUUGUCCUUCAGUUUUUGGCUGCUUUGACAACUUUGUAUCAGUCGCUUAAAUGGUUAGAAGAUUUUUGCUGUAAAUCUAAUAACGGUGAACCAUUUAUAUUAAUUGUUACCACUGUCAUCAUUGAACUGCGUCUGUAUCUGGCUUACCGACGGUCACCUAACAGAUAUAAGAGCAUUUAUAAACAACAGUCAUUUGUGGAGUUGAGUACUCGGAGUAGUACUGUACACCGCUUUCCUACAGAUAUCAUGGUUGACGUGCAUCCUUUAAUAAUUAAGCGCAAUAUAUCGGAAGCAUGUGCCGUCAUUUUUCAAUACAGCUUAAAAGAAAUAGAAAAAGGCAAUAACACUGUCGAUACGGUAGAUAAUUGUGACAAUUCUAGUGACAUCGCCUCUACUGGCUGCUUAAUUGCUUAUGCCUCAAAUGAAACAGUGAAGAAUAUGUGGUUACAAUGCGUAGAUGCUGGUGAAGAUCUACUCGACUUCUUGUUAGCUUACAGGGCUAUUGUGAAACGGGAUUACAAUUGCGACAUACGUUUCUUAUGGGAUGAUAAAGCCAAACCAAACAUAUCAAUUGAUGCACUUCUGAUAGAAGUAUACUUCAGUUGGUUGGCAGUUUACUUCACCACACGUUGUAUGCAGUGUGAAAAUGCUAGUGAGACUGCAUCUGCUUUUGAAAGACUAUUCAAUAAGUAUUUAGCUCCGAUUUCACUGAUUUUGACUUCACUCACGACACAUCACUUUAAGAAAUAUUCCAUGUUAUCUGAUCCCAAAAAUCAUUCUUCUGACGAUCUUAAGUGGAUUCAAUCAGUGGCAAACAUUUGUAGUGUAAUAAAUCAAUUAUAUACAAUAACUUCAAAUCCUAAGUUUUUCACUGGUUGGUUUCCAUGGGAUUCUGUUGACAAGCCAUUUUGUGGUGAAAUGGUUUGUAAUUGGUUGAAGAAAAUUUGGAAUGUUGAUUUUCUAAGUACUCAGAUAUGCUCAUCAAGUCCAGUUAUAGAAGUGCUUACAAACAUUCUGGAACUGAUUAAUAGUUGCAUAUUGGAUUCACAGAUAGUCAAGUCGACGGAAAAUAUUAAACAGCGUGAUUUAUUCACGUGGCUGGCAGAACCCGGCGAAUUAUUUCACUUAUUCACUGGUAGUUGGAUAUCUUUUUACGAUGUUGUUGUGAAUCAACCAAGCUUAUGCAUAGAAUAUAUUUGUACAGUUGUCAAACUGUGGAUAAUUUAUCAAAAAUGGUCCAAAGAAUUUAGUCCAGUUCUAAAUGACACAGUCAAGAAGUCAUUAUUCAAUAUUCCAGAUGACCUAUUCAUUGGUAAAAUUCUAUAUCUAUCGAGUUCUGCUUUGUCAAACUCUUCAGUCUUCUAUCAUCUUCGUCAUCUUUCACAAGUUUUCAAAGAAGCUACAGAAUACGAUGAUCGAUUUGUAAAUGCCGCCUGUGUGGUUGAAAAUUAUAUGUUUGUAUUUGAUCUGUAG